AGCCAAUCGAUGCAGAGGGCCGAAUCCGCAAGGCCCGUUGAACGCGUGCGGGGGAGGUGGCUUUUUCCGGCGGGGCAGAGGGGCAGCUGGGUACAUUGAAGGACACGGGCUGCGGAGUUUGAGCGAUUUGAAAGAUUGAAAUCAUGGCAGGUCCAGAAACUGAUGCCCAGUUCCAAUUCACUGGUAUCAAAAAAUAUUUCAACUCUUACACUAUCACAGGGAGAAUGAAUUGUGUACUGGCCACAUAUGGAAGUAUUGCUUUGAUAGUCUUAUACUUCAAGUUAAGGUCUAAAAGAAACCCCGCUGUGAAAGCAACAUAAACGGAUUCUAAACUGUCCCUCAUCUGUUAAGUUCCCCUGGCCAGAAGAAACUAGUGUCAGCUCAUCAUGUGAUACUCAAUUUGUACAAUAAAUUAUGAACCUGGA